CCGUUUCCCGUGGUGCCCCGGCUUCCGGCACCUGCGGGUCGGCGCGCGCUGCCGCGGCCCGGUUGACUGCGCAGCCAUGGAGAGCGGCUUCGGUUCGGACUUCGGCGGCUCGGGCAGCGGGAAGCUGGACCCAGGGGUCAUCAUGGAGCAGGUGAAAGUGCAGAUCGCCGUGGCCAACGCGCAGGAACUGCUGCAGAGGAUGACGGACAAAUGUUUCCGGAAGUGCAUCGGGAAGCCCGGGGGCUCCUUGGAUAACUCGGAGCAGAAAUGCAUCGCCAUGUGCAUGGACCGCUACAUGGACGCCUGGAACACCGUGUCCCGCGCCUACAACUCUAGACUGCAGCGGGAACGAGCCAACAUGUGACCGGCACCUGUUCCUCGGGACACCGUGUGCUUGCCCACGGUCGGAACUCUUUCCCUACCCGCAAGGGCAGCUUGUGUCCGGUGACCCCAAGUUGUCAGCAUGGAGGGCUCGGAGAUCGAGGCCUCUCCUGGGCUGCGCUGCCCAGCUCGGUCUCAGAAGAGAGAGAGGACCAGUUUGAGCGCGGGGAUCUGGCUGCCCCCACCUGAGCUGUGCUGAGAGCAGGCCAAUAAAUGGUUGCUGGGGCAGAGAA